AUGCUUGACGUUGGCAUAUGCAGUGUGUUAGUGAUGGGUGGAGAAAGGACCGUUUGCAGUCCAGUUGAUUCAGUGUGUUGAAGAGUGUGUUGUGCAUGUACAGCUGAGAGCAGAGGGCAUCUACACCACAUAGAGAUGGCAGCCCUUCAGUAAGAUGUUGGAAGCGACCCUAAUUGACAGAAAUCAUCACCUUCACUGUAAUCCCUCAAGACUGACCUGGACUGUUAAAUGCCCUCUCAAUACAAAGGGCUAAAAUGUUUGUGGUCUCCUUGCCAAGAUGUCUACAGAUCUGUGUGUCUUUGGUAAUGGUGUCCAGACUACAAGGCAGGGUCUCAGCUCCAGCACGUCUGGAGGCCAUGGUUGAAAAGCCCUUCACUCUGAGCUGUACGCUUGUCAAGGCUAAAGGAGAAUCAGUUCAUCAGAUCCGCUGGCUGGACGUGCAGAACCAGACGUUAAUCACUUACCAGCCUGGUCAACAAGACAGCGUGAGCGGUCAACAGCAUGUGGAGCUAGCGGCCUCUCCACGAGAUGCCAGCGCCAUCACUAUCAAACGUGUCAGCUACAGGGAUGAGGGUUGUUACACUUGCAUCUUUGAUGUUUAUCCCAGAGGCUCAAGGGAAGGACAGACCUGCCUUACUGUUACAGCAACAGUGAUCUCAGAGGGCAAUAAGACUGCAGUGGGUGGUAAACAAGCCUCUCUGGCCUGUCGGUAUGCCCUGCCAGAGAAAGUCAAGCAGGUGUUGUGGAAGAAGAUUGUGAAUAAAGCAGAAUCCCGUGAAGUUGCAUUUUUUGCAAAGCAAAGUGACCCUGUAAUUGAAGAAGAGUUUGUAGACCGUGCGAGCUUGAACCCUUCGCUGUCUGACACAGAGCUCACUUUAUGGCCGGUCCGAGCUGAAGAUGAGGCCUGCUACACCUGUGAGUUCCACACGUACCCGGAUGGCAUUAAGAGUGCCACAAGUUGCCUUACUAUUUUUGUCCUGCCCAAACCUCAAGUAAGUUACAAGACCACAUCUCCUGGAGUGAUUGAGGCUAACUGUACUGCCGUCGCCCGGCCACAGGCUGAAAUAGUAUGGAACGUGGAGGGGAAUGACCGGACCAUUGGUCCACCUGUGACCACCGCUAUCCAGCAGAGUGAUGGGACAACUCUGGUCAUCAGUACAUUGACCAUCCAGGCCGGACUUCUGAAGGAUGUCUCUGUCAAAUGUCUCGUUCAUCAUAAAGGACUGGAGACUGCCAUUGCUGUUUCCAUGAACACUAAAACAAACAUGGGACCCGAAUCAUGGGACACAGAUGUCUGACUUCAUUCCCUCGAGAAGAGAGCCAGAUGGGAGCAGAGUUUCCUUUUUGAAACACUCACUGAACACAGCCAGCCCCCUUGAGAACUGGCUGAGUGUGAUCUGCUCCCAAAUGAACAAAACAGAGACGGUGUAAGUCGUCCUCCAUAAUAUAGAGGGGUCACGGCAUCACACGCUUUGUAUAUUCUGUUUGAUCUUCACAGACAUGAGCACAACAAACAAGCUGUCGAUGAGCUUCUCUGGCAUCGAUUUAUGGACUCUGUGAUAUGCUACACUACGUCACAAUGUCAAUACAUUCAGCCAAUCAGAUUGCUGUGUUUAGACACGUGCUUCAGACACCGGCUCACAUGGAAGCAUUCCUAUAGCAUCAACGCCAUGACGCAACAUCGAGUUCCACUCUAAAGGGAACUUAUUUAAAAGACCAUCCACUGAAACCACUUAAAAAAUGUCUUUUUUUGACUUGAUUUUAAUAUUAUUCUGACACCAGAAUGUCAAAUGGUACAAGUAAAUUGUAGUCGAAUUGAAGAAAAAGUAACCUGUUCAAUUCUAAUUAUCAGAGAGAGUGAAAAAAUUAUUUUGAUUUAUGAAUCCAAGACCUUCACUUUCUUUUAACAAAAAGACAAAAGUUAAAAUCUUUGAAUAUAUAUUCAUUUAUAAAAAAUAAACCACUGUGACAUAAAAGUGCCUGAAGUUGAAGAAACAUCCACUCAUAAAAUAUUCUGAAUCUGAAGCAUUUCCUCAAGUCAAAUAGUAAUUAAGAACA